GAACUUUCUAUACUUCGUAAAACUUCAAUAGUUCAAUUUGAUCCUACUCAGAUUAAUGGUGGAUUAGCUUUAGAAUAUGAAAAUCUUAGAUUAUCAAAUUCUGAUAAUAGUUUAGAUUUACAAGAUCAGAUUAUGCUUUUAAG